GCACCAUGAAUUCUCACCAUUUAGACGCUGCUGUGGGAGCAUUCAUGCUCGGAUCUGCCCUGCUGAGCGCCGGCAAAUUACCACAAGCUGAGUGGGCGUUCCUUGAAGGACGCCGUUUCGCCGAGCAUGACCAUCGCUUUCCGGCAAAGAUAGCGGCUAUCCGAUAUGAAAUGGGUAAGUAUCCAAGCGCCGUAUACUUCACUCAACGCGCAUUAUCUCUUCUCGAUCCGCAGUUACACGACUCUACAAGACAGGAGUUAUAUAUCUCCAUGGUUAAGUCGUGCCUACUAUCCGGCAACCUUACGAAGGCUCGCACAACAAUUGCACAUAUCACAUCAGAGCGCGAUCGCCAGUCACUCGAGCAAUGGGUUCUGUACAUGGAGCCUAUGACGACUGUGUAUCCUGAUAAAAAGGCUCUCUGGCGUGAAGUGAUCAACCGUCUACCAAAGUGUAGGCCAAAAAUGCUUGCUAAAUUUGAAUUUAUUGCUACUGGCAGUGAGCCUAUACGAGGUCUAGAUGCUCACUUAUUGAUCGAAUCAGAUAAAGAGGACCAAUCUUACCUCUUUACCAACACUGGCGACGCUAGAGAUGUGUUUGCAACAUUAUUCAAUAUUGCGUCGGCCCCGGAAAAUCGCAUCCUGUCGGUCAAAAAAUUCUACUUCACCAUGGUUGACCCUAACUCUGCAGCAUUUGCUCGUAACCUGUUAAUGUUCCGCAUGUUGGCCGACUGGGUUAGAGAAUCGAGUCAGGAGCAAUGGAUAACCAUUGCAGCCCUUACUUACACCUUCGCAUCUCAGAUCAUGCCAUCCUGGGUUUAUGACAGACUCAAGAAAGCGAUACGGUGUGUCUCUGAUGAGCUACGCACAAAUGUUCCUCUUAUUAUGGGACGUUUUUGCAUCGAUGCAAAAACCCGAGAUUCGAUCUCCAGUCAUUUUCGUAAUUGGCAAGACCCCCUACGACAACCAUUUAACGCGGGUCAGAUCCUCGAUAUAACCCGUCAACAACUCUCAGAGCCCCAAAGGAUCCUAAUGGAGAUGGCAGCCAAGGCCAAUACCAACAAGCCUCGGCAAGUAUGUGAGCCUGAUGGUCCAGACAGUCUCUUUUUCCGGGACCUGAACUUCAUGCUCCCAACACUUCCACUUUUAGACGAGAACGAACCCGAACUGGUCGAUUUAGCUGAGAGAUACGGGUACAUGUCUGAUUGCCCGCCUCUUGCAGGAGAGACUCAAUUUACGCCUCGUAUGAGUUUCACCCCUCAGGAAAUCGCACGCGAUCUUUACUGGGAGGCGGAUAUCGAUUCAGAAGCAAUGGUUGGCCGGAGUGCCUUUCUGUGUAUCGCAUCUUUCUUUGCUACGAUCGCGAGGUCGUCUGAAAAGAUCCAAGAACAGACUAUGUUCAAGGUGAUCGUUGAUGAUGCAAUGAACGUCAUGGAAUUGGCAGAACAUCAUCUUCUCAACUACGAUCACCCUUCGAUCCCAGACCGAUACGAUAUGAUAGAUAUGAGUUACUUACCAGAUUUUGUUGGUGGUCCAUUGGCCACUUUUACUUAUGGCAUUCCAAUUCUUCGCCAUGACAAGAUUUCUGAAAUGAUGUCCGUUGUCUCAUACAACCCAACGUUAUGGGACACACAAGACCAAUUUCUCACUGAAUAUCUUCUUCUGGCGGACCGCUCAACGAUCACCAACACAUUCGCAACAGCUCUUACUAACCGUUCCUCUUAUAUGGAGGCUUUAUUGUCUGAAAAGAAUCCCGGCAGUGAAGGGGUCAUGGCGAUGAUGCAAAUGCCUUUUAGUUGGACACGCACAAGCAUGAAACCCUUAUCAUGGGACCAAAUCAUGCCUCGAUGCGAGUUAACCAAAUGGCUACACAUGCACUUCUUGAAACUUUGCCUCCCACCGCACCGAGUCAAAACUUCUGGCCGUCUUGUUUACAUGCCGUUGAAUAUGACAGCCUUCUUCCGUUUAGUCAUACACUUAUCUCGUGUCGGCUACCCGUCGCAUUGGCUGUCAGCAGUACUCACGGAGAUAUGUUCUGGGCGCAUUUCUACCCAAGCUAGAGCACCAAAAGGGGCGAUAAUGGACAAAUCUGAGGCUAUGCAUAAAUAUCCACAGCAUGAUGUUUUCAUCAAACCCUUUGUGGAGGAGUUCAGAACCCAAUUCAUUAUUUGGCGUCAUCUCCUCCCAUUUGGGGUUCUCCAGAAUGAAAACCCAUUACCGCAUAUUAGCAUGAUUCGAGAGUACAAGCAGCACUUUCCGUACCCUCCCGACACCCUACUCGAACAUGUCUACCAUCCCGUCAUUGCUCUUGUAUUCUGGAAUGUGAGCAUGAAUGGUGAGAUCCCUCAAGCCAACCUACGCCAAAUAUUACUCGACGAUGAAAACACCGAUUCAAAGUACCAAGGUAUUUCCCGCCAGAGUGGGCGAGUGCACGUUAUUUCGACGAUGAAAAUUGUCUCGUCGUCUAUGACUGCUAGCUUCUGGUUUGCUGAAGGGCCUGUUCAAGAUAUUCUUUCUGCAGGUAGCCAUUGGGAAGCCUGGCUAUGGGAUACUAACAACUGGACGGCGAGGUUAGGGCCGUCAAGAGUUAGUCGAACGACUCUUAGGGCUGGCGAUGCAUGGUGUGAAGGUAGCGGACAUUAA